AAACUAGAUAAAACAGAAAUGAAUUUUUGAAUAUUUGAUGUAUGACAUGAACACCAUUAUGUAUCGCCGUGUUGUGGGCUUAUUUCUGUUCGCUUGUCUCAUUUUAAACUCGGCUGACAGUUUGCAAUGCAGCUCGUCCUUACUCACCAACUUCUUCAGGCGCGCGAUCGGAAAAUUCUGCAACGUAGGCGACCCUGGAAAACUUAGCAGCACGCUGGAUGUUCUGGAAACAACUAUUCUUCCGGUAGACGUCCCGUCUCUACAUCCGGCUUUUACGUUGACUUUAGUCCAUAAAAUUAACGGAGUCCCUGAGAAACAGCACGUGUUGGCCAUCACACUGGAUGUGGAUAAACUCAUACGGGUCGUCCCUUACAACGUGAGCCAUCCUGAUGCUUUCCCCAACGGUGACGCGAACUUGACCCUGAUCUCCACCCUGAGCAAGGACGAAUUCCAGUGCAGGGAGGAAUGUGUGGCCCUCUUCAGGCUCAUUGAGGCUAACUCUUUCGUCGGCUCAUGGCCCGAGUGUACAGGAUUCUACAACGGAGGUCGGCCAUCGUACACCGUAGGUCUCACUUGUAACUCCUUCGCUGUUGUCUCAACGCUGGGUUUGUUCCCGGAGCACUCGAGUACUGUCCCCUACAUCGUCUGGUCCAAGGAAAGAAUUCCUCUACCACCAAAUCUGAUUGCUGAAGGACAUGGAGAGAACGACCCUUGCAACUGUACCAGCAGGUUGAGAUAGAUCCUAGACUAUACUGGGAUCUACUUGUAGCCUACUAGGCAGUGGGCGACAUCAGACCAACAAGAACUUUUGAUUCUACUUUUAACAGUUAAAAAUACUUAAAUUUUAGAUAAUGUUGACAAAUAAUAAAUCCGCUGUAUUUCAGUUUGUU